AUGAUUGGAAUGGUAAAUGUGCAAUGCGACUCGCCAAUUGACUUCUAUGCUGCUGCUCCUUUUCAUGAGAGUCCACGCAGCUCCUAUUCGAGACCUCCCUUAAAGCGAACACCAUCAUAUCGACCGCUGUUCAUGAGCCAUAAACACAAAGUGACAUACUCUAAAGAUGGAAGAAAAAUGACUGACGGUAAAGCAGAGCCGAACAAACUAUGGGAAGAGUUGAUCUUACGCUCCUUCGUGAAUCGUUUUGAAGAUGAAAUCCAAAGUCCCGUUGAAUCAUACAAAACCUUGGAAUCGGAAUUAGAAAAGCUCAAUGUAAAAGACAAAUCCUUGUAUCGAUCUACGUACUCACUCGUAUCUCCUCAUCGAGUCGAAAGUGUCAAAGUGCAUUUGGAUGAAGCCGAACCAAGCGUACCAAAUCAAAGCACUACAAUGAUGAAUUACAGAACAAAAUCUUCAAAUGUCACUUUUCGCUCAUCCCUGCAACCAAAUACCUCACCAUUAUUGAAAAAAUCGAAUGCGGAGAGAAACUAG